GAGAGGUCUGGCGCCAUGUUGGGGCCGAAGGGACGGCAAAGGAGCGCUUGAAGCGGCGGGAACGGAGCUGGAGCGGGUCGGACCUGGGCUGGUAGGAGACCCGCCCCUCCCGCCUCAGUGGAUCAUGACCUGGGCAGAGGCCACGGAGGUCACGGCGGCGGGGGACGUGGCGUGGCGGGGCCGGCGCUAGAGAUGAUGCCGUUUCCGGUGACACCCCAGGGACCACAACAGACCCCGCCGCCGCCCAAGCACUAUGGCAUCUCCUCCCCUAUCAGUUUAGCACCCCCCAAGGAGACUGACUGCAUACUUACCCAGAAAUUAAUUGAAACCCUGAAACCCUUUGGGGUUUUUGAAGAGGAAGAGGAACUGCAGCGCAGGAUUUUAAUUUUGGAAAAAUUAAAUAAUCUGGUAAAGGAAUGGAUACGAGAAAUCAGUGAAAGCAAGAGUCUUCCACAAGCCGUGAUUGAAAAUGUUGGAGGGAAAAUCUUUACAUUUGGUUCUUACAGAUUAGGAGUACAUACAAAAGGUGCUGAUAUCGAUGCGUUGUGUGUUGCACCAAGACAUGUUGAUCGAAACGACUUUUUCACCUCGUUCUAUGAUAAAUUAAAACUACAUGAGCAAGUGAAAGAUUUAAGGGCUGUUGAGGAGGCAUUUGUACCAGUUAUCAAACUGUGUUUUGAUGGGAUAGAGAUUGAUAUUUUGUUUGCAAGAUUAGCACUGCAGACUAUUCCAGAAGAUUUGGACCUAAGAGAUGACAGUCUGCUUAAAAAUUUAGAUAUUAGAUGCAUAAGAAGCCUUAAUGGUUGCCGAGUAACUGAUGAAAUUUUACAUCUAGUACCAAACAUUGACAACUUCAGAUUAACUCUGAGAGCGAUCAAACUGUGGGCCAAGUGCCACAACAUCUAUUCCAAUAUAUUAGGUUUCCUAGGAGGUGUUUCCUGGGCUAUGCUCGUAGCAAGAACUUGCCAGCUUUACCCAAAUGCAGUAGCAGCAACUCUUGUACGUAAAUUUUUCUUGGUGUUUUCUGAAUGGGAGUGGCCAAACCCAGUACUACUGAAAGAACCUGAAGAAAGGAAUCUCAACUUGCCUGUAUGGGACCCAAGAGUAAAUCCCAGUGAUAGGUACCAUCUUAUGCCUAUAAUCACGCCAGCAUACCCGCAGCAGAAUUCCACAUACAAUGUGUCUGUUUCAACGAGGAUGGUCAUGAUUGAGGAGUUUAAACAAGGGCUUGCGAUUACACAUGAAAUUUUGCUGAGUAAGGCAGAGUGGUCCAAGCUUUUUGAAGCUCCAAGCUUUUUUCAAAAGUACAAGCAUUAUAUUGUACUUCUAGCAAGUGCACCAACAGAGAAACAGCAUCUGGAAUGGGUGGGCUUGGUGGAAUCAAAAAUCCGAAUACUAGUUGGAAGCUUGGAGAAGAAUGAAUUUAUCACAUUGGCACAUGUGAAUCCUCAGUCAUUUCCAGCACCCAAGGAAAGUCCUGACAAGGAAGAGUUUCGUACAAUGUGGGUGAUUGGUUUAGUGUUAAAAAAGCCAGAGAACUCAGAAGUUCUCAGUAUUGAUCUCACCUAUGAUAUCCAGUCUUUCACAGAUACAGUUUAUAGGCAAGCGAUAAAUAGUAAGAUGUUUGAGAUGGAUAUGAAAAUUGCUGCAAUGCAUUUAAAAAGAAAAGAACUUCAUCAAUUACUACCCAAUCAUGUGCUUCAGAAAAAGAAAACACAUUUAAUGGAAGGUGUCAGAUUGACAGCUUUGAAUGACAGCAGCCUUGACUUGUCUGUAGACAGUGGAAACAGCAUGUCUGUACCUUCACCUUCUGGCACUAUGAAGGCCAGCCCAAUGACUGAAAGCUCUCUGGGCAGAAACAGUCCUGCCCCUGCCUUAAUGGAAGCAUCUGUGACCAACAUAAAAUCUACUGAAAUUUCCUUGCAACAAGCGAAUCCCUGUGAGAUCUCUGGGGAUACACUGAGUGAAAGCAUUCCUCAAACUGCCUCACAACUGGUCAUUUCUCCACCACCAAAGCCCACAGUCACCAGAGUUGUUUCUUCAACGCGUCUGGUAAACCAUCCACCCAGGCCUUCAGGGAGCACAGCAACAAACGUAGCUAAUACUAUAGUAGGCGUCUAGAGGACAUUCUUAACCUCAUAAAGAAGAGGGGACGGAGGAAACCAAACAGAAGAGAAACAGUCUCAGAAACAAAGUACGGCUCAAUUAGGAACUAUUCAGAUGGAGACUUCUCUGUUGGCCUCACAGGAAACAUCCAGGGCAGACCUUUCCAGUAUCCCUGCUCUCCCUGAAAAUCCUAUUCCUGUUAUCAAGAAUUCAAUAAAAGAUUGAACCGAUAAACCAUCCUCAAGGGUCCAUAAACAAUGUCUGCCAACUCAGCCUAUUGUCUUCAGAUGCUGAAGGAGGAGAAUGAAGGGUACCAGACUAGGAGAGUCAAAGGAGAUUUUUAGGCUUAUUUGCUAACUUCCUUUACUGGGCUAGUCUUGACCAGAAGUCCAGGUUAGUAUGUGAAGUUAGAAGUAUUUUUUAUUAACAUCAGAUUAUUGAGGUGUCAUCAACAGUUUAUUAACUAUUUCAAAGAACUACUGCCCUUAAAGAGAAAAAAGGGCAAAGCCCUCCAGCUAAGUUGUACCCAUGACUGACAUCUACAAUAGACUUAUGUUUGCUGCAUUGUUGAGAAAAAUUUGCAAUCAAACUGGUGUAAGAAUUCCUCACACUGAUGAUGCACUUUAUGUAGAUUUUUCUUAGACAGUAGAGCUAAUUUUAGGUUUCUCAGCUUGAUGAAUUUUAGUUUUUUCUAGAAUUUUUUCAUUUUUAACCUUUAAAUUGGAUACUGUUGUGCAGUGGUACUCAGAGAAAGCAUGAAAGUACAUCUGACAGUCCCUGUGAGGUAGUUGUAACCCUUUAAAAUGACACGUCAAGUCUGAGGGUAUAUAUUUGAUGUUGAAAAAAAAUUAGUAAGUCUUUGGUUUAGAGGGACAUGAUCAGGAAGUGAUACUGGUUUUAUCUGUAAAAUUGUCUUAGCGUGCAUACAGUCAGCUGUCGAACUACAUGCAAGGCUUCAUAUUCUCUUGUCUUCAAUCAAUCGUUGUGAAACAAAAAGCAUCUUGCUGCCCCCUGUUCUUUUUGCUUGUGUGCACACAGUAUGCUUAGAUGUAGUUUUGAUAAAAAAAAAGCAAGAACCCCAGAAUUCUAGUGUUUUCUUAACCAUGAUGUGACACCAGCAAUCCUGUGGCCACAUGGCAUGAAACACUACAUUUUGCUUCCAUGGCUAAUAUUUUAGUAAAAAUUUACUAAAAUUAAUGGUUGUGAAAUAUGUUACCAGUCUUGGAUCUCCACUUAGAGAAAUUUUGUAUUCUGCACAGUAUGCUUGUAUUGUAAAGUGAAUUUCCAAUGUAAACAUCUUAAAAAAAGAUAUUUUCUCUAAGAAUUUUAAGCCAAAUUUAUUUUUAAAUGACAUUUAGAUGAGGAAAUUACCAAAAUUUACAUAGAGAAAGAAAAAAUUUCUAGCAAGCAUUUGCUAUCUUUAGUCACCUUUUGGCCUACAGAGAGAUUAGGAAUACCUUUCUUUAAGUUAAAAAAAAAAAAAGACUGCUCAUAAUUAAGCAGAACAUCCAUGUUUAGGAAACACAAGUGACAACAGUUUUAGAUGAAUGAAAAUUGUCUUAAUCUAGACACAGUGAACCCAGCAGGCUUUCCAUUUAGCCUGGUUUUGAUUCCUCCCUGCCACGCCCCCCCCCCCGCCGCCCCAGUGUGGUUCCUUUCUACCAUGUGUGUUUUUCCAUGUUUAGCUGUGAUUCCUUAAACUUUAUCCCAAUCUUUCUAGAUUAAUUUUCUGAAGUUGGAAUAUAGUCUUUUUCCUUUUAGGCCAUACAGCAAUUGGGCUUUCUUUUCACCAUUACUUUCUGAUGUCUAGUACACAAGUUCACAUUGCCCACAUCUUUGCCUUAUGCAGUCACCUUGCCCUUCCACCACAAUCAUAAAUAGCUGAAGUGUGCACGGUACCCAUGUAUUUUGAAUAGCUGUGGUGUCAGAUUGAAAUUGCCAGGCACAAACUUAGUCUUGUCAUUUUUUUACCCAUUGGAAAAAUUAGUUUAUUAAAUGUUUUGUGUAACUACUUGCUUUUCCAAGCUGGAAACUUGGGCCUUUUUAGUUCUAGUUUUCAUUACCUGAAUAUUAGACUUUUUUUCAUGUGCUGUAUGUAGAGUUUUGUGACUGAAGUUUGCUUUGUUUCAUAGUGUCUGUACUCCCUGUAUUUUUCAAAUGCUGUUUGGAAAACAGAUGAUGUAUUUCUCCAUUAAAUACACAAUAAACAGCAAAGAUGUAAGCAAAAGGGUUUAAAUCUGAUGAGAGUUCAGGUAUUCUCACAUUGUUUGGAGAGGAUAAAGAUCCUGAUGUGCUUUGACUUUAUUAAGUCUAGAAUUCACGUUAUAAUCAUUGUGAAAUGUGAAAAGGUUAAAAAUAAAACAAUAAGUGUAAAAAAUGGAGUUAAAUAUUCAUAAUCUGAAAAGACAGGAAAGAAAGGGGAAACAAAGAAAAAUUGAAUAAGAAAGUACAAAAAGUUGGCAAAAAUGAAACCAAAUACAUAUCUCACUAUAUAUAAUGGACCAAACUUCCUGACUGAGAUGGUCAGAUUCCAUGGAAAAAUUAAGUGUAGCUGUUUGCUAUUUUAUUUAUGAGACACACGCCCAAAAUGUAAGACAAAAAAAUGGAGAAAAGAUACGCUGACAAACAGAAGGUGUUAUAGUAACAAUAUCAUCCAAACAAUUCAAAACAAAAAUAAUUACCAAGAACAAAAGGGACAUUGCAUUAAUGAUAGGAGAAAUAAUGUGCCAGAAAACGAACAAUGUAACACUUUUUUGCACCUAAUAAAUUGGUGUCAGCAUAAAAUAGCAGAAAUUGCCAGAAGUAUCAUUGUCGUAGAUUUUAAAACGGCACUUAUGCAAUGUCAAGCAGACAGAAAAUAGAAGGAAAACAGUUUGAAUACAACAGAGGUUGGGCCAGAGUAUCUUCAGUUUGGUGAGGCCAUACGGUCUGUGUCUCAGCCUUUACUUAGCUCUGCAUUUAAGGAGUAAAAGCAGCCUUAGACAGUAAGUUAA